UCUGCGAGUGUCAGUGCAAUUCGCGACGCGAUGCCCUUCGCUCCCCCGGUCCGUGCUUAAGGGGUGGUGAGAUCGAGGGCUCGCCGACUACCCGUCGUGUCGUCAUCGAGAGCGACGGGAAAACUACCUUCUGUGCGCGACAAGUUCCAAGGAAAUCAAAGUCUCCAUUCAUGUAAAACUGCGGGCGGUACAAACCGGAGUAGUAGUCGUGUCGACGAGCAAAUAAUCGCGCGAUCAAUCCGUCGUUCCUACGGGAAAUGACGGAGAAAUGUGUUAGAUGUGAGUGGCAAUUAGUAGGAUUAAAUCCGCUUAUCUUCGAGAUGAGUCCGUUGAUCAAUUCAUCGAGUUUUGUUAUCGGUCAUUGAACGAGCAGCUGGUUAUCAAUUAUUUGCGAUAAUCGUGCGGAUCGAUGCGAUGGUCUGAUAUUCAACGGCUGUGACGUAUUGUUGUGCGCCCGCGCUCGGACGAAAAAAAAGAGGGGAAAGAGAGGAACGUGCGGAAGAAACGAGCGUUAAAAAAACGGAGAGGAGUAGCGGAGGCAUGUCGGAGAAGAUGAUAUCGUGGCGGAGAACUGAUUGAAACGAAAGAGAGAGAGAGAGAGAGAGAAAAAUGACAACUAUCGAGACCGUUAGUGAAAUGAGUGCGGUACGUCGGGCGGUAUGGUUCAGCGCCGUGUUAUUUGCAGCGACUCCCUUGGCAUACACACAAGUAACAUGGACGCCGAUCUACGUGGGAGGAUACAGUCAAGUUGACCUCUGGACACAGAGCACUACCGGAUGCGCCUGCAGCUUUAACUCAUCCAGCACUGAUUGCGCUUGUUGCGUACCAUCGGGCGGCUGCAGCUGCGGCGCAGCCUCGCCCGAUAGGUGCGCUCAAUGUGGCCUGGAGCAGCAUUGCGCGAAUAUGUGCAACAUAACGUUGGACAGCAGACAGCUGUUCAGCAAAUCGGAUCGUGGCUUCGGGCAAAUAAAGUCGCCGUAUCUUCAAGGGCCCUCGAGGUGUACAUACAGAUUCGUGCCGGAUACCGGACAGCGGGUCGAGCUGCAGAUAUAUCGACUGGUGUCCAUCGGCCGGCACAACGGCACCGCGUGCGAGGGUGGCUGGCUUCAACUCGAGGGCAGUGCUCGCGUUUGCGGUCGGAACCAACGCUUCGACCGGCCGGUCGUUCUCUUUUCGGACAAGCCGAUUGCGAUUCUACAUAUGCAGAUAAACGAGAACACAACGCGGUCCCAGUUCUUGGCCUACUUCAGCUUCUCGUCCAAAGCGAGCACGUCCGUCGGCUGGCCGGUGAGGGGUGGACAUCCGGUUAACAAUACGGAAUGCGACUCGGUGUACGAAGACAUGGAUUGCCACGACGGAUGCAUUUUAGCCAGUCCCGGAUAUCCUGGGCUGUAUCCGCCGAACAUCCGCUGCCGGUACCUGAUCACAUCUGGCCCGCGAAUCUCCAUCGCCAUCAACUUCACGGCGGUGCUUCUUCCGUACAACCACUGCACCAGCGACUACAUCGCCGUUUACUCGGGCCCGACCACGACGAGUCCGCUGCUGAAGAUGCUCUGCGGCAAGGAAAGAACGGCACUGGUGUACGACGGUCAAGAGCUCCUCGUCGAAUUCAGAACUGGUCCCGAGGUAGCGCCCUUCGAUUACAACGGCUUCGUCGCGACGCUGAAUUUUAUCGAGAUGACGACGGAAGCUCCAACGACAAUCACUGUCGACAGCCUGAAUAAAAGUCUCGAAUUGAUCAAGUCCAACAGCUAUAACAACCGCGACCUCCACGACCACCGCAAGGACCAAGGUGCCGUGACCAGCAGCUGCGACCUCGAGGUAAGCGGCGAGAAGGUCCGGGCGGGCCACCACGACACCAGGGGCAAGCCCAAGUCGACGACGUGCAGGCUCGUGCUGCGUGGCCGUGCUUACGACACCGGACACGUUUCCCUAGCCAGUUACAACCUCAGGUACGCGGAGCCGAAGCGAUACUCGUCCAACGGCCGGGACAUGACGGUGGUUUUAAGACGCGCCUCCAACAGCCCCACCGACGAGGAGUACAUGGAGGUCUCGUACUACUUCCACGACGAACGUGAGGGUGGCACUCAGCAGCCGGCCAGCGUGUGCGACGUCGAAUAUUACGGGUUGACGUCGCCGGUGGAGGGCUCGGUGGUGCAUCCGGAACCGCAUCGGCUGUUCGCCAUGGAAGGCCCGGUGAAGUGUAGGCAGCACUUUAUACCGGCGCCAAACCAAUCAGUGGUCAUUACUGUGAAGGGUAGCACGAAGCAGACGCCGAACAACCCGUGCGAGACCAAGUGCGGCGACAGCGGCUGCCACUGCGUCAGCAAGUCCCUGGAGAGUAUGGACCACCUCCUGCUCGUCUCCGAGACCGGACACAUUGUCACCUGUCUCUGCGGGAAUUACCAGGACUGGCUUCCGGUAGGCAUUCGUAGCUGGACCCCGGUCUACAUCGAGUGGUCGAGGUCGUCGAGGGCGGGCCUCAAUUUCCACGCGGCCUACAAGUUUAUCAAUGACACUUACUGCGGCGAUCACACAACGGCGGAGCCGGAAGGCGAGGUCAAUGGCGGUGAUCUGGCGAGCGCCGGGCUCAAGCUGAAUCAGUAUUACCAGCAGAAGUGUACCUGGAUCCUGGACUCGCCGAUCGACCGACAACUCAUCAUCGAAGUCAAGUCCACUCAGAGCCGGCCGUGCACGGCGUGGAACCUGACUAUACACGAGUACAGGAGGGACGGCGACCCCGCCGGGCCCAGGCUGCACACGUUCUGCUCCAGGGACACGCACAAGAAUUUCACCCUGCCGUGGAAGAUGAAUACCGCGGUGGUUAGGCUGCAGGCCCUCGGGAGGACCGCCCCUCAGUACACGAUGAGAUGGCGAAGCCAGACGGUGAUCGCCAACACUCGCAAAAGCGGACCAUCGCCAGCCCCGAACUGGCACGUAGUGGGCUCCUCGAGCAAGGCCGAGCCACGGUGGACGGGCCUCAUCCUCGUCCUCGCGUUCGCGAUCCUACUCGCGCGCCCGUUCGACUGUUGAGACUGUUAAUCUCGCGUUAAUGCACGCACGUUCCUGUUAAUCGAAAAUCCGCGGAAGCCCCACGUUACUGUCUCACGUGUACAUAAACGGUGAGGACUCGCGUCGGUCCUCGUUUUACGUCGCUCGAUGUAAAAGAAUGUUUUAAGAAGACGGCACAUCCCGGCACUUCCCCGAUCGACGGUCGAGAUUUCGCGGGCUGGCUCGUUAAUCCCUCCCCGGCUGCGUGAUUAUCACGAGAGAAAUAUUUUAGGGCGCGAAAGAACGCGUUGCACGACGCAGGCGACAAAUACCGAGGAAAUUUUAACUGAUCUCUGUUAUAUUUUUCAAUAACAAUGUACGAUCCGGUCUUUUGCGCGUGAAUGGAAAGUUAACGAGCCAGAGAGUUCAACGUUUUUCGAUCGAAUCGUAUGCAUAUACAUAUUAUACACACAUACAUGUACGUCGGAAUUAAAGAGAGUGACGAUCAGCACGUCUAAUAAGCGAUUAGCUCGCACAGCCGACUGUCACUCGAUCUAAGGAAAUGGAUCUGUGAAGUCUUUAGAUCGUCCACUCCUCAUCCGAUUAAUUUGAAACUUUUUAUAUUCUCUAUGCAAAUAAAUAAUGAAAGUUG